AUGUUGGGGAGGGGGGGUCUAGUUCUGAACCUGCAGAAGCGGCUCCAGGCCCUGGAGAUGUACUUCCCCAACAACACACUGGCUGUCGAGGACAGUCCGUCCCCCCUGUUCCUGUCAGUGCACCGCCCAAAGCCGGCCGGGACUCUGUGGAACAGCAUGCAGUCCCAGCUCCGGCAGAUCCAGACCAGCCAGCAGCACCUGCAGCGCCAGGUGGACAACUUCACCCGGAAGCCAGAGCUGCUCGGGGCCAAAGGUGAACAAGGAGUUCCAGGUCAAAAGGGGGCCCCAGGUAUGCCUGGGCCCCCCGGUCUGCCAGGGCCACCAGCCGAAAAGGGAGCCAAGGGCGCUGCAGGACUAAAGGGAGUCCCAGGAUCCCCGGGACUCCAAGGCCCACCAGGAAUCAAAGGAGAGGCAGGCCUCCAAGGACCCUCGGGUGCUCCCGGGAAGCCAGGACCCACUGGUAUCGCAGGACCUCCAGGAGAGAAAGGCAGCAAAGGCGAUGGGGGGCUCAUUGGUCCAAGAGGGGACAGUGGAGUUAAAGGAGACAAAGGAGAGCUGGGUCUUCCAGGCAGCAAAGGGGACAUGGGUAAGAAAGGAGACAUGGGGGCCAUGGGAGCCCGUGGAGACCCAGGGAGUAAAGGUGACUCUGGGAUACCAGGCCCACCAGGUCAACCUGGCUCCCCUGGAAUCAAAGGCGACCAAGGACAGCCAGGAUCGCAAGGCCCUCCAGGUGUGGCAGGGUCCCUGGGUCCCAAGGGAGAUCCUGGCAGGACUGGCCUCACUGGGCUAACAGGACCACCGGGGCCACCAGGGAGUCCGGGAGCUGUGGGGCUAAAAGGAAGCAAAGGAGACAAAGGACUUCAAGGACAGAUAGGAGCAAAAGGAGAAUCCGGAGUGCCAGGUCUUGCAGGCCUGAAGGGAGACAAGGGAAGCCCGGGGACAGCAGGCCUCAAGGGUGUGCCUGGACCGGCUGGCCAGAAGGGAGUUCCAGGAGCGAAAGGGUCUUCUGGGCAACAAGGGAUAAAAGGAGAAAAAGGUCAAAAAGGUGAGGCCCAGGCAUAUGUCAGGAUCAUCGGUGCCCAGGGUCAAGGACGGGCUGAAGUCUACUAUGAAGGCAUCUGGGGGACCAUCUGCGAUGAUGACUGGGGCAAUUCUGAUGCCACGGUGUUCUGCCGCAUGCUGGGCUACACCUCGGGCAAAGCAAUUUUCAAUGUGCCAGCUGGCACUGGGCAGAUCUGGCUGGAUAACGUUGCAUGCAGUGGGUUGGAGAACAGCCUGUGGCUCUGCAGCAAGAACAGCUGGGGCUCUCACAACUGCAACCACAGCGAGGACGCAGGGGUGGCGUGCAGCUGACCCUCCUCCGCCUCCUCAGCUCGGCCGCCGCCCCUGCGGCACCGGUGCUCCGACGUGCAGCCCUGCAAAGGCUGCAACUCGCAAGGCGUCUCGGGAGCAGUAGGGCAGAUGCUGGGGGAGGGAUCAUUAAUAAAACACAAAGUAUUAA